CUUGAACACAGCACGGCGGUGGAACAUGCGCAGAACUCCAGCGGACGAUAACGCGGGUGUUCGGUACAUGCUAGCCUCCGGUGACCUCAGCUAGCCCUCCGUUCGUUCACCUACGGUUGUGAGCACAGAGCUCUGCGUUGUCACAGCAGCGGGAGUGAAGGAGAAGGAGCGGGAAUCAGCUGAAAGCCUGGGCUGAACCGUGUUAUUUUGAACAAGUUACUAAAGCUAAAGGUUAGCCGUUAGCACUACCAAAACAAGUUUAGCUUGAAGCUAACUUUAACCUCCGAAGCUACAAACGUCCAGAAACUCUCCGAAGGCCUCUAAGCCUGGUUCCAAACGGUCCCGGUUUGUUUGUGAAGGAGGAAAAUGGGCCCAGUGUCUGACAGGAGAGGACGGGCCCUGUCUGUGGAUGACUGUCGCUGUCCCGUUUGUCUGGACAUCUUCAUGGAGCCGGUCACGCUCCCCUGUUCACACACCUUCUGUAAGAGCUGUUUCCUGGAGUCGGUGGACAAGGCCACGCUGUGCUGUCCUAUGUGUAGGAAGAGGGUUUCCACUUGGGCUCGACACAGCAACAGGAACAACUCGCUGGUCAACCAGAAACUGUGGACACAGAUCCAGACCUGUUUCCCUUUACAGUGUCAGCGAAGGCUGAGUGGACAGGAAGACGAGGAUGAUGCAACAGCCUCCACUUUUUUCCCCAGAGUCAGUGAACCUGGGGCGCUCAGGCAGGAGUAUGAAGACCAGGUCUUUAAACUGACAGAAGAGAAGCGAGUGAUGGAUGAGGAACAGAAGAAGGCCAGUGAGGAGUACAUCCAGAAACUGCUGGCAGAGGAACAGGAGCUCUUGCAGCAGGACAUGAGGAGGAGGGAGGAAGAUGAACAACUGGCACGACAGCUUAGCAACCAGCUGAAUUCAGCUUCACCCUCUCAGGAGAUCAGCCAUCUUUCCAACAGUACUCCUGCCAAGAAGAAAGUUGAAUCUGGACAGAUUGAGAGGUUUUUGUGUCCUCUUCCAUUCAAAUCGAGCUCACCCAACUCUAACAAGGAGAAGGUUUUGUCUGAGGUGAAGCUGCAGGUCAUGGUGCCCUUCCACUCUCCUCCUCAUGGACCACAGAGUCUUCACCCAGAGGAUCAGACUCGGAGAAAUCAGCUCAUCACACAUGGUCAGCCUUCAUCAUCCAAAAGGAAAACAUCAGCUGAAGAAGUGGAGGAGAUAGUGGUCACUAAGCGAGUCUGUCCUUCAUCCUCUCUGGAGCUGGAGAGCUCAGUUCUGCAGUGUCAGGUGGAGCAGCUGAGCAGACGACAGCAGGAGGAGGAGGACCGGCACCUUGCCCUGCUUCUGCAGAAGGAGCUGGACAAAGAGGAGAGACAGAGAUGCCCUGACAGACGCAAAGGGUCCAGUGACGCCUACCCGCUCCGCCAGAACCACAGGAGCAAAGUGGAGAGGAAGAACCCCAGCAGAGCGUCCAGGGGACUGUCAAAGACCUCCAUCUCCUCUCCUUCCCCUGCCGUGUCCCCCUCCUCCUCCAAACAGACCAAGCUCACUCAGCUGUUCUCUAACUUGAGAAGCUGAGCUUAUUCUGUUGGAUCCUCCAGGUUUGGCUAUAAUUCGUGAUUUUCAACUCACAGAGCACGAGUUGUGAUUAAUGAUGGACUGAAGUUCCCCAGAGGAGGAAGAUGCCUCAUGGCUCCGGAGGAGAAUCAUGAUGACAUCAGUGUGAAAUAAAAACAGAGUGGUUCCCAUGCAGCUCCGAAGGUGCUAAAAUAGUCAGGUGUUAUAGUAUUUUAGUUUUUCAGACUGUUCCCACAAUAAAAUAAAAAAACACAAUGUCUCAAAUUAA